GGAUUUUAAAAUUUAUGAACAUCUUGGCUCACUAAGCAUUUCUGCAGCAUGCCCCUAAUUCUGGACUUUUUUCAUGAAUAAGAUUGAGCUGAUUGCAAUGCCAUUCUUAAAGCUCUACAGCCCAUUUUUCAGGAGCAGGGAAUGACAGAAACAGUUCAUAACUGGGAAGACCAUGGUUAUUUAGCAACCUACAUUAAAAAAAAUGGCAGUUUUGCCAAUUUGAGAAUUCACCCUCAUGGAUUAGUGUUGGUGGAUCUGCAGAAUUACAAUGAUCAUACAAAAGGAAGAGAGGAAGCCGAUCAGCUUCUAAACAAAGUAGAAGAAAGAAUGAAAGAAUUGUUUCAUGGUAAUAUAAAAAGGGUGAAGCGAUUGCCAGCCAUUUUGAGAGGAGGUGUCAUUGAUAGAUACUGGCCCACAGCUGAUGGACGCCUGGUGGAGUAUGACAUAGAUGAAGUUGUUUAUGAUGAAGACUCACCUUUUCAGAAUAUUAAAAUUCUGCAUUCAAAACAGUUUGGGAAUAUUCUUAUUCUCAGUGGGGAUGUUAAUCUGGCAGAGAGUGACCUGGCAUAUACUCAAGCCAUAAUGGGCAGUGGAAAGGAAGACUACACUGGGAAAGAAGUGCUAAUCCUGGGAGGUGGUGAUGGAGGUAUACUAUAUGAAAUAGUCAAACUGAAGCCAAAGAUGGUUACUAUGGUAGAGAUUGACCAAAUGGUGAUCGACGGGUGUAAAAAAUACAUGCGUAAAACCUGCGGAGAUGUCUUAGACAAUCUGAAAGGAGAGUGCUAUCAGGUUCUGAUUGAAGACUGUAUUCCUGUACUGAAGAGGUAUGCCAAAGAAGGAAGGAUGUUUGAUUAUGUAAUUAAUGAUCUGACGGCUGUUCCAAUCUCCACAUCUCCAGAAGAAGAUUCCACAUGGGAAUUUCUGCGAUUGAUUCUUGACCUCUCAAUGAAAGUCCUGAAACAAGAUGGAAAAUACUUCACACAGGGAAACUGUAUCAAUCUGACCGACGCCUUGACUCUGUAUGAAGAACAGCUUAGCAGGCUUUAUUGUCCUGUGGAGUUUUCAAAAGAAACUGUGUGCGUUCCCUCCUACAUGGAAUUAUGGGUAUUCUACACUAUUUGGAAGAAACAAAAUGACAUCUGAACAUCAAGAUUAUAUGAGAUUAUCCUACAUGUACAUGCUGCAUGGAGCAUAGAGGCCUGCCACAUGCUGCAUAUUGGCAUCUUGAACCUUUAAAUUAUAUGCUGUAGAUGAUCCUGAAGCUUAGUCAUGCUAUUGAUUGUGAAUUCUUUAAAUGUUUUUUAUUAUUAUUUUAAUUUAAAAGCAAAUGGAAAAUGUAUAUUUUGAUGAGCUAGGGUGUUAUUUUUGAAAGUCAACUUAAAAUGAAUAAGCAGCAAAACUGUAUAGCUGCUGAAUGCACUGAACCUUUAGAAUGUGAUCCUUUUUAUUUUUUUGUAGAUCUUCACAAACUGAUUGAUUAAAAAAGACAUCUUUAGCAUUUCAUCCCUAAAGGGUGGUCCAUGGAGUUUGUUUGGGUUCUUUUUUUUUUUUGGUUUUCCACCAGUUUUUAUCUAUGGUGCUUUUUAAGGAUGGAGGGUUCUUGUUUGAUUUUUUUUUUGAUGAACACCACAGUGCUUCCAUAUAGAAAAAAGCAUAAGUUAAGAAAGAAAAAAAAAAUCUUCUGAAAGGAUACCCCAAAUCCUUCAUUGCGAAGGGAAGAAAACUAGUCUUAAAUUUUAUUUACUGUAGUUUCAUUCAUCAUUGCUGUAAUCUUCUCUGCAAGAGAAGAAUCUUUGACCUUUCACCUAAUGGGAUUCUUUAGCUGCUGCCCCAUUGAUUAUUUGGAUUUUGAUACAGAUUUAGCAGUGGGUUAUAGAGGCACUUUGAACUCUAUCAGCAUGAAAAUUAAAGCUGGUUUUCCAUCCCACCACAGUGUAAGAAACUGCAUGUAAUGAGGUUCUUGUGGGCAUACACUCCUCAACCUUAUGGGAAGCACUAGGUUCUUAAAGAAGGAAAGGUCACUUUAGAGGGCGAAGAAAUGUGGCUGUAUCUAGAUUCAUGUGCACCAGUAUGGAAUGUUUUGAGGCAAGUAUGUAUAUUUCAGUAGGGUAAGUCCUGGUUGCAUUGCUGUGGAUAGACCAUGUUGUGUGGGGCUCUUGCUGAAUUAGAUUGACUUGAAGUGUAAAAAUCAGUGGAAGCUAGGUUGCAUUGUAGUUUUGUUCUGAAAGAUAAAGCAUUUUUCUUUAACUGUUUCUCAUGUCUGAAAAGUUAUAUUUUUGUAAGAAUGUGCUAUGUAUUGACUAAAACUUUGCUUUCAGUGUUUAAAAGAUCCCACUUGAAAGGAGGUAGGAAGGAUUAUAACCAUUCUGUGCAUUUCUGUACAUUUCCAAGAUAGAAUAAAAAGUGCACUAU